CAUGAAUGCACUUAAGCACAUAAUAAGUUAUAAGACAAAUAUAAGUUAUUUAACGCAAGAGUCAGGAGCUAGGGCUGUGAAGACUGGACAAAAUGGACUCUUGGGUUAGAAUUUUGAUUUUCAUUGCUUGCAUUGUUCCUCCUUUGGUUGACUGCAAAGUGAGGCACUACAAAUUCAAUGUGGUGCUGAAGAAUACCACUAGACUAUGUUCAAGCAAACCCAUUGUCACCGUUAAUGGGAAGUUCCCAGGACCCACUCUUUAUGCCAGGGAAGAUGAUACAGUGCUGGUCAAAGUAAGAAACCUUGUCAACCACAAUGUCACUAUCCAUUGGCAUGGUGUGAGACAAAUAAGAACUGGUUGGGCUGAUGGGCCUGCAUAUAUCACACAAUGCCCAAUUCUUCCAGGACAGUCAUAUGUGUACAACUUCACCCUUACAGGACAAAGAGGAACACUUCUAUGGCACGCUCAUGUUAAUUGGCUAAGGUCAACUCUCCAUGGUGCCAUAGUUAUCUUGCCAAAGCUUGGUGUGCCAUACCCUUUCCCCAAACCAGAUAAAGAGUUGGUGGUAAUAUUAGGAGAAUGGUGGAAAUCUGAUACCGAAGAUGUUAUCAAUGAAGCUCUCAAGUCAGGAUUAGCACCAAAUGUCUCAGAUGCUCACACCAUUAAUGGACUUCCAGGGACUGUGUCUGUGGCCAAUUGUUCCACACAGGAUGUGUACAAGCUUCCGGUGGAAAGUGGCAAGACCUACCUAUUGAGAAUCAUCAACGCUGCACUCAAUGAGGAGCUUUUUUUCAAAAUUGCUGGCCAUUUACUCACUGUGGUUGAAGUUGAUGCCUCAUAUGUAAAACCUUUCAAGACUGACACUCUUUUAGUGGCCCCUGGCCAAACCACCAAUGCCCUUUUAACCACUGACCAAAAUUCUGGUAAAUACACAAUUGUAGCCUCUACUUUCAUGGAUUCUCCAGUGGUAGCUGUGGAUAAUUUGACUGCUACAGCCACUUUGCACUAUACUGGAACUCUUGCCACCACUCCUACAGUUCUCAUCACACCUCCUCCAAGAAAUGCCACACAAGUUGCUAACAAUUUCACCAAGGCUCUAAAAAGCCUUAAUUCCAAGAAAUACCCUGCAAAUGUUCCAUUAACAGUUGAUCACUCACUUCUCUUCACUGUUGGAUUGGGGAUUAACCCUUGUCCAUCUUGCAAAGCUGGAAAUGGGAGUAGAGUGGUGGCUGCUGUCAAUAAUGUGACAUUUGUGAUGCCAACUACUGCAUUGCUUCAAGCACAUUACUUCAACACUCAGGGGGUGUUCACCACUGAUUUCCCUGGAAACCCUCCUCAAGUUUACAACUACACAGCGACUCCGGCGGCUGCGAGUUCCCAGACCACAAAUGGCACAAAGGUUUACAGGCUACCAUUCAACUCGACAGUUCAGGUUGUUUUGCAGGAUACUGGAGUCAUUGCUCCCGAGAGCCACCCAAUUCAUCUUCAUGGGUUCAAUUUCUUUGUUGUUGGCUCAGGUGUAGGAAACUAUGAUCCCAAAACAGAUGCAAGUAACUUUAACCUUGUAGAUCCUGUUGAGAGGAACACAAUUGGAGUGCCAACUGGAGGAUGGGUUGCUUUCAGAUUCAGAGCAGAUAAUCCAGGAGUGUGGUUCUUGCACUGCCAUUUCGAGGUGCAUACAACAUGGGGGUUAAAGAUGGCAUUCUUGGUGGACAAUGGAAAAGGUCCUAAUGAAUCAUUGAUACCCCCACCAAAUGAUCUUCCAAAAUGUUGAGACUUUCGGCCAUCAAUAGAAUAGCACAGAAACAAGAGAAGGCCUUCCUAUGCAGAAAGAAGCUUUGGAAGGAUACAGAGAAGCCAGGCAAAGGAAGACAAUGAAAAGGGAGGGUGGUUUUUUAAUAAGAUGUUGUCCCAAUUGCUUUUUGAGUUAAUGGGACCGUUUCUUCACACUCGUUCUGUAAAUUGGAGCCAGCAUUUUGGUUUUCCUUGCACAUACACUUUUUUUCUUUAUUUUUUCUUAAAGCUCUGCAGAUCUUAUGUAUUGCAUACUUCGUUUACUGAUUGAAAUAAAAGAAUUACGCAUUUCAUUCAUUGUAGGGUUCGUUA